GUGUGGACAUGAUAAGAGCUGUCCACCCUGCUCUGUACAGGUACAGUAGGGAGCCCUUUACAUUGGACAUUUUCAUAGGUGAAGAAACUGAGGUUCCAACAGGCUAAGCCACUUGCCCAAAGACGCAGAGGUAGAAAAGGUGAUGGGCUGGGAUUCGAACCCAGGUGUGUCUGACUUCAGAGCCCAUGCUUAGGACCAUGCUGAUUAGAUGCAGGUUAGAUGUUCCUUCUAGAAAUCAGGGAUGUGGUUGGCAAGCUGGCCUGGAAUUGGUAUCCUGGAGGACCAUUCUGCAGGAAGAGAGCCUGGGCUUGGUGAGGAAGGAAGAGCCAAACGCCCCACCGUCAGGGAUGGUGGUUGAGAUGCUUAACAAGCACUAUGCACUGGCAUGAAGCAACCGAAGACAUGCUGGCCAGACAGCAGGACAGCGAUCCCUAUGGGUCGCCGCUGAAUCUCAGCCCUGCCCACUGCCCUCUGGGAGGGCAGGGCCUGGAGGAAGGGAAGGGAUAGGUUGUCCUGGUGCCUCCCAUCGCAGGCAGCUCUAGGCUUUCAGGCCUCAGGAAGCUCUGGAGAGAAGGGUGAGCAAGCAGGGCAUCAGGAGGGCCCUGUCCUGGGCUGUCCUCACCCAGGAGAGGGUACAACAGAGAGAGGAGAGGGAGCACAGGAGAGCACGGCUGUGGGUUUGAAUCCUUAUUGCUCCACUUUCCAGCUGUUGCAGGCGAGGAGGAUACAAAUGACUGGAAGCAUGCCUUAGCCCAGCACCAGGCUUCCUGCACACCCUGCUGAAUUAACACUCUCUGUGUGGAGGGGUUUUACUUAGUCCAAACCAUGUGCAACCCUACUGUGUCCCAGGAGCGCACAGCCACGAUUCUGCUCCUCUGAGAUUCACCAGGAACGCUGGCUGAUGAUGUUAUGGUGGAGCACCAUGGAAGGCGAUUGUUUGAGCUGCAUGAAGUACCUGAUGUUUGUUUUCAAUUUCUUCAUAUUUCUGGGCGGGGCCUGCCUGCUGGCCAUCGGCAUCUGGGUCAUGGUGGACCCCACCGGCUUCCGGGAGAUCGUGGCCGCCAAUCCUCUGCUCCUCACGGGCGCCUACAUCCUCCUGGCCAUGGGGGGCCUGCUGUUUCUGCUCGGCUUCCUGGGCUGCUGCGGGGCCGUCCGUGAGAACAAGUGUCUGCUGCUAUUUUUCUUCCUAUUCAUCCUGAUCAUCUUCCUGGCGGAGCUCUCAGCAGCCAUCCUGGCCUUCAUCUUCAGGGAAAAUCUCACCCGAGAAUUCUUCACCAAGGAGCUCACCAAGCACUACCAGGGCAAUAACGACACGGACGUCUUCUCCGCCACCUGGAACUCGGUCAUGAUCACAUUCGGUUGCUGCGGGGUCAACGGGCCUGAAGACUUUAAGUUUGCAUCUGUGUUUCGACUCCUGACCCUGGACAGUGAAGAGGUGCCGGAGGCCUGCUGCCGGAGGGAACCCCAAAGUCGGGACGGGGUCCUGCUGAGCUGGGAGGAGUGCCUCCUGGGAAGGAGCCUGUUCCUAAACAAGCAGGGCUGUUACACGGUGAUCCUCAACACCUUCGAAACCUACGUCUACCUGGCCGGAGCCCUUGCCAUCGGGGUACUGGCCAUCGAGCUUUUCGCCAUGAUCUUCGCCAUGUGCCUCUUCCGGGGCAUCCAGUAGAGGGUGUGGCCUGAGGCCCGAAGACUCGCCCCACCCACCACUGCCCAGCACCCGAUGCCCUCCCCUGCCCCUCCCCGCUGUCCUCUUGGCCCCAGGGGAGAAGAUGAGGCCAUCAAAGAUGGCCAGGAGAAGGGCCAGGGGCAUAGAGCUAUUUUUUUAACAAAACAAAAUGAAGACAAAAGUAUGGACUGAUGUAUCCUCACCUGGACUCAGGGCAGGUGCCGUGGGCUCUCUGCAGAGACCACAGCGCCUGGCCCAGGAUGUAGGCUGCUCUAGAGACCAAAGGAACACCAGGCCCAGUGCCCCUGUUGGUCCAGCCAGACCCUGGGCCCUCUCUCCUCACUGCACCAGGACCUGAUGCCAAGAAAGUGAGGAUUUAGGCAACGAGGAGGACAAAGCAAAUCUCAGAGAAGUCAUCAAAGCCCCACAGAGAUUCAGCUGGCACAUCCUUGAGGACUCGGAACCCACAGCGCAAUCCCUGGUCCACUGGAGGAUGGACUGUCCCCUGUUCAGGCCGGGGUCAAGAGUGAGCUGCUGAAAUGGCAUCCAAGAAUGGCCCCGCUGGCAGGAUCUUUGCAUUCCCCAUCUGUUGGACCAAAUAAUCUCAAAGGCCCAGAGAGGGGCAGUGGCCCAUCCACAGACACACAGCACAGGCAUGACGGAAUCUGAGUUGUCUCCAGGCUGCUGUCACUGCAUCCAGGGCUCUGUCAGCUCUGCUGCCCACAUGCACCCCUGGCCUCAGCAUUCCGGUUCCCCCAGACAAGAGAGGGCAAGCCAGCCAGGAACCGCCUCCUCCCUGCUCUACAGCUAAGAAAACACCAUUCCAUGACUUCCCACCGUGCCCUCCCUCCUACCUCCCUACACCUCUCUCUCCGAGUCCCCAGGAACACACAGGGGCGCACCUCACAUUCCCUUGUCCACACUGCCCACCUCUCCCCACAAGCCACCCCCUUCCCUGUCUUUCCCCAACUCCCCAGCUCCCAGAGUGGAAGAAAUCCCCAAGAUCAUCUGGGUCUCCCUCUCCACACCCAGAACUGAGGCUUGGGUAUCUUCAAGAUCCUUGCCAAGACUUCUCCACCCUCUUCUUGCAUACCUCCAGGGACAGAGAGCUUACUACCUCCCAAGGCAGCCUCCUGCCUUUGGACUGCUCUGACUUUAGCAUCAGCUUAAUAUACAGAAGAGGUUUCUGUUUUUCUGUGGCUCCGUCCACGGCAUCCCACUUGCCUGCUCUUCUUCCUGGAGUGUUAAGGUCACACAUUGACUCCCCUGAGCCCUCUUCUCUCCAGACUAAAGAAUCCUGAAGGCAUCGAGGCCAUUUCUGCUGCAACAAGGUUUCCUGUCUCUUCACUGUUCACACAUUUCUUAGUAUACCCUCUAUACCCUCCAGGCUUGGGCAGGGAGACUCGCAGACGCACACCCACAAGUAUUCAGUUCUCAAACUCUAGACGAGUGUUGGCAGCUGGAUUGCAAGAUGCCCCUAUCCUGAUAGAUCAGGGGUGGCUGCUGGAGGCUGUGCUGGGGAUCUGAGGUUUGGUCUGGGCUCAGUGAGAGAUGCGGUGCAAUCCUGAUGAGUGAUGUCUGCCAGGCACCAUAAGUUUGAUUAGUGAUGUCUGCCAUGAGCAGGGAUGGAAGGAGCAGUGUGAUGUCUGCUGUCUUUUCUCCCCUCUCUCCCUGUUCAGGAAGAGCUCAUUCUGUCUCACAAGCCACCAGCACCCUGUAUCAGCCUCCAGUCUCCCCUCAGGCUUUCCAGUCACCAGGGACACUCGGAGUCACAGCCUAAAGCCCAGUGUUCCCUGGCCUGUGCUCCUGCCCCCUUCUGAGAUGCAGCCAGAAGCUCUGUGCCUGCUGCAAAGAUUCAGGUGGACCCUCCUCCAAUCUCCUGCUGUGCCUGCAAGUCCUGGCCCUCCCACCAGGUCUCUGAGCUCAGUCUUUCUUUAACAGCUUGCUCUGGCAGCCCCAUAAAUGACACCUGAGCUCCACAGAAGCUAAGCUCCCGAGACCUAGGGACCUGCCGCUGGUACCGCAGCCCAGCCUGGGGCCUGGGACCUGCCCCUCUUGAACCACCUACGUGCUUAGCCCCAGCUUUUUGGAAGAGGCAAAUGUCUGGUCUGAGAAUGACAAGGAAAAACAAAAAAACCAUGCUGGGCAGGACUGAGGCAAAUUGCACAGCUUUAUGGCUCUAAUCCAGGGGCAUCCCAGGCUUCUAGGGCCCAUACGAGUCAGAGGGAGAACCCAGGAGAAAGGUCUGGUCCCAAAGGGAAAUCUGACUAAGGUGGGUUCAAGGGCGGACACAGGCUGCUUCUCAAUGGCUUUCCACAAAUGUGCCAAGGAACCCUCAGUCAGCCCAGAUUCAGUUCCCCAGCCAGCCGCUGGCCAUCCCCUUAGCCUGGAAAGGGAAGACAGGCGGUUUUCUGCUCCUGUUGGCAUUCGCCCAGGCUGGUAGCUAUUUGCAAGGCUGCCUGAGGCCAUUUCUUGGAGGCAAGGCAAAGAAAGCUCAGCCCAAAUCAGGCUUGAGCCUCCCUCCACAGCACAGGGAGGAACAGGGUUCAGCUGGCUUGGUCCAGAUACAACCCACAGCAGGUUCUGGUGGUGGCUGGGGGUAGGGGUGGGCAGGGAUACCUCUUCGUUUCUUUUUACCCCAGAAUACAACAGCUCACAACAGAGACUUCCUCGGACCCCGCUAACAGGACAAGGAACAAGACGACUACACUGUUCAUCACAAACCCUGCCUGUAUUGAAAGCCACUUUGCUGCUCUGAAGCUACUGCCUCUUAGAGAAAAGGAGUAUCUCUUUAUGGGCUGGGGGUGAGGGCUCCUCCCCAGGGUCUCUGUUAAGUUCUAGCCUUGGUGCUCAGGCCUGUCCGCAGCCUCCCUUGUCCAUCUCUCUAUCCGUGCUUGAGGGGCCCAGACAGGAUUCCCCAAACCAGCUGAGGCCCCAGCACCCCCAUCUCCCCAGAAGCCCCUUCCUCCCUCAUAUGUUGAAAGUCUAUUUUAAAAACUGUCUAUGUUCCUUGCCGUAGAUUGCAGAGCUAAUUUAUCACGUUUCUCUCCUGUGAGACCCCGUUUUAUAUGAUAUAUCCAGAGGAAGUUUUGUAAUAUAAAACAGGACGCCCACACUGAUGGUUUUGCACUGGUUUUUGUGACUGUUUCUUACAAAAAGAAAAAGGAACAAAGAAUAAAUAGUGACCGUGAA